AUUUUUGGAAUCGGUUUGAGACCACUCGUCCAAAAGGUUCUACUCAUAAAAGAUUAAAAACCAGCAUGAAGCAACAGCUACCGGUGGCGGUGCGAUAAUAUUUCAGCCAAGCGUCCAUGAGAUCUCGCACUUUCAGCCGAAGAUUGGUCAUCUCGCCCACCACCUGACAUCCUCUCCUCCAGCGUGCAAUCACCGUUCCCUCUGUCACUGGGAGAAUCUGGGUUUUCGGAACUGUACCAGAAGUCAAGAAUCUACUCUGUCUGAGGGUGCUUUGGAGACUGAGCGGGCGCAGCCUUGCUUCAACUUGUGAACAUGGAGCUCCUGGACGAUGACGCGGCUGGCGAUUUGAAGAGGAAGAAGAGGAAGAGGCGUAAGAAUAAUAAGGCAUCGGCACCAGCUAUGGAGUCAAGCAAUUCUGAGGGGAAUGACCUAAAAGUCGAAGGAGUAGCUGAAGUCACACAACAUCUGGAGAAGACAAUGCUGGAGGAGAAAGAAGACCACGACGACGAUGACCAGGAAGAGGCAGAUGGCGACGAUGGAGACAACUUGACUACCAAGAGAAAGAAGAAAAAGAAAAAGAAGAGAGGGUUAAAGGGACAGACUGACCCCCCCUCCAUCCCCAUUUGCCAACUUUAUCCCAGUGGAGACUUUCCUAAGGGAGAGGAGUGUGAAUAUCCGCCCUCAAAAGACGGGCGCAGUGCGGCGUGGCGGACAUCCAGUGAGGAGAAGCGAGCGCUGGACUCAGCCAACCAGGAGAUGUGGAGUGACUUCAGGCAGGCAGCUGAGGCUCACCGCCAAGUUCGGUCCUACGUGAGGAGCUGGAUCAAACCAGGCAUGACAAUGAUAGACAUCUGUGAGAAGCUUGAAGAUUGCUCCAGGAGACUAAUAAAGGAGGACGGACUGCAGGCAGGCCUUGCUUUCCCCACCGGCUGCUCUAUCAAUCACUGUGCUGCACACUACACUCCAAAUGCUGGCGACCCCACAAUCCUGCGCUACGACGAUGUCUGCAAAAUAGACUUUGGGACUCACAUUAAUGGACGAAUAAUCGACUGUGCCUUCACUGUCACUUUUAAUCCAAAGUAUGACGGACUGCUGGAGGCUGUGAGAGAUGCGACAAACACCGGAAUCAAGUGUGCAGGUAUCGACGUGCGGCUGUGUGAUGUUGGUGAGACCAUUCAGGAGGUCAUGGAAUCCUACGAAGUGGAUAUAGAUGGCAAAACCUAUCAAGGUGAUGACCAAGCAGUGAAGCCGAUCAGGAAUCUCAAUGGUCAUUCUAUUGGACAGUACAGGAUACACUCAGGGAAGACCGUUCCUAUUGUUAAAGGAGGAGAGGCCACAAGGAUGGAGGAAGGUGAAGCUUAUGCCAUCGAGACUUUCGGCAGUACGGGACGUGGUGCAGUCUACGAUGACAUGGACUGUUCGCAUUACAUGAAAAAUUUCAACGUGGGACAUGUGCCGAUAAGGCUUCCAAGGGCCAAGCACCUACUGAACGUAAUAAAUGAAAGUUUCGGCACGCUGGCGUUUUGUCGUCGCUGGCUGGACCGUUUGGGAGAAAGCAAGUACCUGCUGGCACUAAAGAAUCUGUGUGAUCUUGGGAUCGUGGAUGCCUACCCACCCCUGUGUGACAUCAAGGGAAGCUACACAGCGCAGUAUGAACAUACCAUCCUCCUCAGGCCCACCUGCAAGGAGGUUGUCAGUCGGGGCCAUGAUUACUAGCUGAGAGAACACAAAAGGCUCAACUUUCCAACCACAGUUACUCCUGACUUGACAUUGCUGGUGUAGGGAAUUAUACCCCUAUAUGGGCUUUCUUCUGUUUAGAAGCAAUUACCUACAUUUAAAAUAAUGUAGUAUUUGUUUAUUGGAAUUGUAAGUUUAUUUCCAAAAGCUAGCAUUUCUCCUGGUUGAGCUGCUUCUAGUAAAUGCAUGCGGCUAUGCCAGUCUAAUUUCCACAGGACCUUUAGAAUUUUUAGUGAUGACUAAUAGAUGUCAGCUAUAUUAGCAAUGGGAAUAUCUAUUUACUAAAUUAAGGUUUUCAAUUCAUCCUCAAGCAUUUUUCUAUCAUCUACUCAAUGCAGAUAAUUUGAAGUAUCAAGACACAUACCGUAAUUUUCGGACUACAAGCCGCGGCUUUUUUCCCCUCAUUUUGAAUCCUGCGGUUUAUAGUCCAGUGCGGCUUAUUUGUUGAUUUAUUUGGGUUAAUAGGUAACACUUUAUUUGAUGGCGGCGUCAUAAGACUGCCAUAAGACCAUCAUAAUUAUGACAUGAUUCUAUCAUGGGUGUUAAUGAGUGCUUAUGACAGAUUUCAUUUAGUAUCAUGCGGCAAAUUAUGUCACUAACACCAUUUAUUUCCAGCUCGGAUCUUUUGCAUCCAGUCAUAAGUGAUAUAAUUUGCCGGCUGGCACAAAAUGACGUCUGUCGUAAGUAUGAUGAUGGUCUUAUGACAGUCUUAUGGCACCACCGUCAAAUACAGUGGUACUAUAUACCAUAACUAGCAAUUAAUGAAACAACUGGAGCAGUAAUUGAAGAAAUAAUUAUCAAAGAACAUAAAUUUUGAUUGUUAUUUACAUCUGUAGCGCUACAAUUUUGAUUGUUAUUUACAUCUGUAGCGCUACAAUGCAUGAUAGGAGGCAUGCUGGCGUCAGCUGGACAACAAGAGUAUUGACUGCAGGUGUCAGCAGAGGUUGACGGUCUCCCCCAAGAAAACAGUGAUGGCCAAAUGAAGCGAGAAAAGUGAAGGCCAAAUGAAGCUUCUUGAAACAAUGAAGCUUUGCAGCCAAUUGUUUCAAAGCUUCAUGGUGGUUCAUUUGGUCUUAUGACAGUCUUAUGAUGCUGCUGUCAAAUUAAGUGUUACCGGUUUAUAUCUUUUGGUGUAACUAUCCCAUACUACAGUGAAGACAGCUGCGGCUUAUAGUCCAGUGCAGCUUAUCUAUGAACAAAUGCAGUUUUCGUGUCAAAUUUGGUGGGUGGCGGCUUAUAGUCAGGUGCGCCUUAUAGUCCAGAAAUUACGGGUAAUUUAUUCACGAUUGGAACACUUUAAAACAGUUAAAGAUAAUAAUUGUUUUAGGCAUUUUAUUUUAUGAAUAUUGAUCUAGAACUGUUCAUAUGAUAUAAAAUACGUGGCACACUUAUACUAUUAUAUUAGAUCAUGGUAGCCGCUGAUUUGUGCUUGGUUUUUUUUUCAUCAAAUGAAGCAAAGGACAUAUAUGGACUCAUCUAUUUCUUACAUGCAUUAAGAAACAUGCAAAAUAUCAUAGCAUCAAAUUGUUUGCUGUGUUUACUUUGUCCUAGACGUUCUGCAGGUGCAUUUCAAUUCAUUAGAAUGUUGGAGGAAAGUUUAUUUCAAAAGAAUAAAAAUAGCAUCCUAUUUAAAUCCUGCAAACACAUGAAUAUGCUUUCACCUGCUAAAUUUACCCCCAAAUUUUAUCAUGGUGGAUGGGUUUCUUAUGCAAAAUUUAAACUUGUUGGGAUAGUAAAUGUGGGGUGUAUCUCAGCUGUAAUUUCACUUUGUAUGUGGUAAAUCUAGCAUAUGUGUUUAUUUUUCUAAAUUGGGCUACUAUUUUCCAUAACAAAAUUUAUUGAGAUGGACCAGCUGUUAAAAUGUGGAAGGUGGAAAUCAUUGAUCAUGCAGAGAGCGUGACACAGCUUCAUACCCCAUAGCUGUAAUAACAGGAUAAGUGAAUUGCUUGAUUAUGUCGGGUUUUAGAAAGACUCUCUCGGAAAGCAUUGUCAAGAAAAAACAUUGGAUCAGCAUGUAGCCAUUCUAAUCACACAUUUUAAUCAAAUGUAACAAAUGUUGACAAACAUUGGUUGUCAAAUUAUCACAACAUUUUGACAUGCCAGUCCAUUUUCCAUCUCCCACUACUAGGUGGCAGGAGGAAACCUUCACAGCAUUAGGCCACCAUCAGUUCACAUUGGUUUAAUUUGAAUUCUCUGAAUACAGGGUCUUUUCAUUUACAAAACAGGGAUUUUUGUUUUAC